GUCAAGUAACUAGAGAGGUUCUAUAAAAAGUUUAGUUAAAUUUAGGUUAAAAGUUAGCUGAAUUAAGACAAAAGCUUAAGUUUUUAUUCUGCUGCCAAACCAUGCUCCUGUGCAUGCCUGAAACUUUGAUUUCCUUCAGAUUUCUAGCACCUGAAAGAGAACAAAAUUGCAGGAUCACUCAGGCAGGCUCUUCCUAAUCCUACUCAUUCACAAAGAAUUUCCCCUUUGAGCCACCACGACAUUGGUGGUUACUCACCACAGAUUCCUCAGGAUUGGCUGGGACUGCAAAUAAAGUACUGUUUGCUCAUAAUCGAGUUGAUAAGCUACAAUAUAAAUAUAAGCAGGUUCCUGUUCUUAGAAUAUAACAUGAUGCAUCUGCUCUUUUCUUUCCUCCUAACAUUUUCAUGCAAGACCCAGAAAGGACACAUUGUCUCUGGCGGAAAGCAAAGAUCUUUAAAGAAAAAAACAAGAGCAUAAGAUGGGUCUGCUGAGUUCUAAAAACCCUAAAGUCAAGCAAGCCCAAAUUCUUCUUCUGGGACUUGACUCAGCUGGAAAGUCUACUCUCCUUUAUAAAUUAAAGCUUGCUGAAGAUAUUACUACCAUCCCAACGAUAGGUUUCAAUGUGGAGAUGAUCGAGUUGGAAAGGAGUCUUUCGCUCACAGUCUGGGAUGUUGGAGGACAGGAAAAAAUGAGAACUGUUUGGGACAAUUACUGUGAGAACGCUGAUGGGCUGGUGUAUGUUGUGGACAGUACAGACCAACAGCGACUGGAAGACUCUCGGAGAGAGUUUGAGCACAUUUUGAAGAAUGAACACAUUAAAAACGUGCCUGUUGUCCUACUGGCCAACAAACAGGACAUGCCUGGAGCUCUGACUGCCAAGGACAUCACCAGAAUGCUGAGAGUGAAGAAGCUCUGCAGUGACCGGGACUGGUAUGUGCAACCCUGCUGUGCCAUCACAGGGGACGGGCUGGCUGAGGGAUUCAGGAAAUUAAUUGACUUUGUGAAAUGCCGCAUGAAAUCAAGAGGAGACACUUUAGCAUUCUUCAAGCAGAACUGAGGCUCUGAAAGGUCCAAGCCUCAAAAGAGAAACUAAUGAAGAGAAAAGGCUAUUUUUUUUUCCAUGCCAAGUGAGAAAAGCAAUGUACUGAGUUGGCAGACUUAUCCUGAGAUGUUAUGUUAUUUCACCUACAUUUGGUUAAACAACUUAGAAUAUUAUCUAGAAAAUAGUUAUUUUUAGCCAGGAACUUUAGCAAACUGAGUGGUAAUGAUAUUGAAAACGUAAAAUAUUCUGCAAAAUUUAACACAUUGGAUGAUUCCAAAUUCAGUAGUCAUAUUUGGGACCAAAUAAAUUAUUGCCUUAUUAAUUUUGCAUGACUAUUAGAACAAAGUUUAAGUAAGCUGUCUGCUAAUAGAGUCA